AAGCGCAGUGGAGACUUCACCGAGAUAGAGGGAGCGGAGGAAAACAGUUAUAAGAGCAAAAAGAAGGAAACAUGGACGCGCGGGGAGUUUCAUCUCUCAAAUGGUCGUGUGGGAUGUGCUGUGGCUUUUGACGCACACGAGCCGCUCCGCUUUGCUGAUGAGAUUUAUAUCAGGGAAUGGGAAUCUUCAGGAAUCCUUCUGAAAACUGCUCUCCGCUUCUUCCAGACUGUAAAAAGCUGGACGUUAAAGUCAAGAUGGUGCUGAUGUAACAGACUAUUUGGUAUAGCCUACGCCAAGUCGCCGUGCGUCUGCGUAAAGUUUUCCAUAUUUUCCUGGAGAAGGGGGAGGUUUUGCUGCAUUGAAUUCCUCUGGUCGGGAUGUCAUCCGCAGUCAAGAGGACUUCCUCUGGCUGACUGCUCCUCCAGCCUAGCGGUCCCGGGCCUGACACGCGGAGGGAAAGAUGGGAGAUGCAGCAGACGACAGAGGGAUGAAACGCACAUUCAUUGUACCCACAAUUAAGAGCUUUGACCACUAUGACUUCACCAGGGCCAAGAUCUCCUGUAGCUUGACGUGGCUCGUGGCCAAAGCCUUUGGCUCUGAUGCUGUGCCAGAGGAGCUGGUUGAGCCCUUCUAUCGGGACCAGUACAACCAGGAGCACCUUAAGCCCCCCGUGGCCUGUCUUCUGCAGUCUGCAGAGCUGUACUGCAGAGCGGGCAGCCUGAUCCUCCGCAGCGACGCUGUCAAACCACUGCUGGGACACAACGCCAUCAUCCAGGCUCUGGCUCAGAAAGGCCUAUAUGUCACCGACCAGGAUAGACUGGUCACCGAGAGGGACCUAACCAGUACGCCCAUACACAUGAGUUCCCACUUGGCUCUCAUAGACACUCUGAUGAUGGCCUACACUGUGGAGAUGGUGAGCGUGGAGCGCGUUAUGUCCUGCAUCAACAGAUUUUCUGCUGCCGAGCCGUUUCUCUGCGACGGACACGUGCAGGAGCUGCCGUACGACACAGAGGACGCCAUCAUCACAUGGAUCAACAAGGUAAAUGAACACCUGAGAGAUAUCCUUGUGGAGGAGCACAAGCUGAAAGAGGCUGCAUUUCAGGAUAACACCCAAAAAGCUCGCUACAGGAGAGAGCUUUCACAGCAGAGAAAUGUCCCAGUACUCCCCCUGGUGGACAACCUGCUGAAGGACAACACAGACGGCUGCACUCUGACGGCUCUGCUGCACUUCUACUGUCCACAGGCAGUCAGACUGGAAGAUAUCUGCCUCAAAGAGACCAUGUCUUUGGCCGACAGUCUGUACAACCUACAGCUGGUCCAGGACUUCUGCACUAAUAAUCUCAACCACUGCUGCCACUUCAGCCUGGAGGAUAUGCUCUACGCCCAUUCUUCCAUAAAGAGUAAUUACCUGGUGUUUAUGGCUGAGCUCUUCUGGUGGUUUGAAGUGGUGAAACCCUCAUUUGUACAGCCAAGAGUCUUUGACCCAAAUGCCUGUGAAGUAUCCUGUAGAAAUAUGGCUCCUGUGACCAGUCCAGUUAAACAGAGCUAUGCAGAAAAUGACGUCCCAGCUGAGGGUGUAAUGAAGAGAUCCUCCUUGUCUUUUGAAGAUGGCAGUGUUGGGACUUGGCCCAAAGAAAAACGGACCACCUCCCGGGGAAUCUCCUUUGAGAUCCCCCUUGAUGGAGGUCCCCCUGUUCCCCUCUGUGAGCCCCCCUCCCUCCACAUGACUCGCUCAGUCAGCAGUGAUGUCCUUGCAUUCAAAGUUCACUAUGCAUCCCAAGGAAACAUGAAGAGCCACCCCUCCCUGGUGCCUAUAACUGUAAAUGGGCAGAGUGGACAUAUAGAAGAGGAGGAAGACUUCUCCCCUCAUAAACCAGUUGGGCGAAACAACACAUUCUCCAUUAAAAACCAAAGCAGGUACUCAAAUGGAGUUCUACCUGAAAGUACCUCUGCCAAUCACUAUAGCAACCACAGUGGUCAUAUUAGUCCGACCACCCCUCCAAGCAUCGAGGAGGCUCUAAAGAUAAUCCAUGACUCAGAAAGGCCUCAUGCCAGUUUAGGGAUUGGCGAUGGGUUCUAUCUCCACGUGACAGAGCCCUCAGAACCACCAGGAGCACAGGGUGAGGCACCAGGCUCAGCCAAAGCCCUUCUCCAAGAGCAUGACUCUGUCUCUGAGGAAGUGGAUACUGGUAUCCAUGUGAGGACUGAGGACAUCCAGAGUCUGGAUGAGGACUCCUCUCUCAGAGACUAUUCAGACAUCGACCAGGACUGUGACGCCAUGACUAGGUCCUGCCUACUGCCCGAGCGGGACAGGGGCUCCCGGGACGCUGGGCGGAGAGGAGUUUUUGACUCCGAUGUUGACAGUGAGAGAGGCCAUGGAGCUGACAGGAGCAGCCCCGGUCCUGCACACAGCCUGCCUAGGUCCCACACAAUAUGCUCCACAUCCUCCUCUGGCUCAGCUGGAGCCAUGACCCGCAUGACCAGCUUUGCAGAGCAAAAGUUCCGAAAGUUAGAGGGAAGAAGUAGUGGAGGAACCACACCCGAGAGUUCAGACGUUAAUGUUCCAUGUGGACGUCCAGCAAAAACUCAGACUCAGAUAUCUACUCCUCCCCUGCCAAUCACAUCUCCAUCUCCUGUAACACCAACUCUCAGAGACCCCUCUCACCUGAUUGCUUCAGAAAUGAUACAACUCAGGAUGAAGUUGGAAGAGAAGCGCAGAGCCAUUGAAGCCCAGAAAAAGAAGGUGGAGGCUGCUUUUACUCACCAUCGGCAGAGAAUGGGCAGAACAGCGUUUCUGAAUGUUGUGAGACGGAAAGGGGUCAAUCCCAGUCCCAGUGAAACAGAAAACCCCUCACCCCAAUCAUUAUCCUCUCCAAAAUUAGCAGACCCGAGCUACAUUGAACGAGCAGAGAGGUGCAAACCUGAUGGGGCAGCUCCAAAAUCUCCCUGUGAAGAUAGAGAAGGUGUUGCUCCUGGGGAGGUUGACUUGUCUGAGUACACCCGCUCCAUUGAGAGGUUGAACUCUUCACUCGGCUUUCUGCAAACAGAGAUGCAGCGUCUGGCUCAGCAGCAGGAAAAGAUCAUGACCAUGAGAGAACAACAACAGCAGGCCUGGGUCAUACCCCCUCCAGCUCCAUCACCACACAGACAGCUCCGUGAGCUGCGCAGCAGCAGUGUCACAGGCCGAGGUUCAGGCCGUGGUUCAGUGGGCUCUUUGUCUCCAAACUUGUCCUCCUCUGGUUCUCCCCAAGCUCCCACUCGCUCCUCCUCUGGACUCAAGCGCAGACCAGCCUCCUUCCACGCCAGGACACCUCGAACUCCUCGCCCCAAUGACUUAAAGGUCACACCUUUCAGUCGAAUGCUGAACACGCCCACUUCAGUGGACAGCCUGCCCAGGCUCAGGCGAUUUAGCCCACAGCAGUCACAGCUCAGCUCCUUUGCCUACUUGGGGCAUGAUGAAAAAACAGAUGAAGUCAAAAACUGUGAUGAUAAAGACAAUAAAGAAACUGCCAAAGAGGAGUGUGCAGAAAAGAGUGCAGGCGCUCGAGAAGCAGCUCCACAACUUCAGACACAGGACCACAACAAACAGGCAGCACAGAGUUUGUCUAAAAAGAAGGUCACACAAACAAAACCAGCAGAGGUGCUGCAGCAGCCCCUGUCAAAGGUCCAAGAAGGGGCAAAGUUUGAAUGUCGGCCGGACCGAAGUGACCUGGUGGAAGUCGCUUUGUCUGAACUCAAACUUGGGGAUGAAGAGGGAGACACAGGGGAAGAGAUUUGUGUGGCUGAGCAAAAAAUGUGUUGUGGAUUCUUCUUCAAGGAUGAUGUGAAAGGAGAAGAGGAUAUGGCGGCAAAGAAAGCAGCUCUACUGGAGAAGAGGUUGAGGAGAGAGAAAGAGGCUCAGGAGAGGAAACAGCAACAAGAGCUGGAUCAGGAGCAGAGGAAAGAAGCUGCACGGUUAAAAGCAGAGGAGGAGCAGCAAAAGAAAGAAGAAGACAAGGCACGACGUGAAUACAUCAAAUGUGAGUUUUUAAGACGGAAUCAGUUGAAGCUCAUGAACGACAUGGAUGAAGUGGUCAAACCUCGAUCUGGAAGUCUGAAAAAGAAAGCCAGGCCCAAGUCCAUUCACAGAGACGUCCUGGAGUCCUCUACACCAGCCAGAGCCACAGGAGUGCGUCCACGAGGAUACUCUGUGUCCAGUGUAUCUCUGGCUUCUCUCAACUUGGCAGACAACGACAAUCAGCUUGAUAACAAGAAAAACAACAGGGGCAAUAAAAUUGCUACUGCUCAUGUCCCCUUCUAUCUGAGUUUUUCCAAAGAAAAAAAGGGAAGGCCAGAUUCUGCGGGAGGUUUUUCUUCAUGUCCUUCAGCUGGCAGUCGAAAUGAGAAGGACUGGGAAGUGGACUCCACCACUUCCUCUACUCCUUCCAACACUGAGUAUACAGGUCCCAAACUGUACAAGGAACCCAGUGCCAAAUCCAACAAACAUAUCAUUCAGAACGCUCUGUCUCAUUGCUGCUUGGCUGGCAAAGUUAACGAAGGGCAGAAAAACAAAAUACUUGAUGAAAUGGAGAAAUCUGGAGCUAACAACUUCCUGGUCUUAUUCCGUGAUGCUGGAUGCCAGUUCAGGUCUGUCUACACUUACUGCCCCGAGUCCGAGGAGAUCAUCAAACUGGCGGGAAUAGGACCAAAAAGCAUCACGGCAAAGAUGAUCGAGAACAUUUACAAAUACAACUCUGACAGAAAACAGUUCAGCCAGAUCCCAGCCAAAACCAUGUCAGCGAGUGUGGACGCAGUCACUAUUGCAGGCCAUCUGUGGCAAACCAAGAAACAAGGAACACCUAAAAAGCUCCAUCCCAAGUAAAUGACAAGACUGACUACAUUUUCCUUAAGCAUUUUGUACCCAGACUGAAUCACAACUGGAAAUGAGAACAGCAUUAUUUAAAGGGGGUGCAGUCUCGUGUUUGCCAGCAUGUGUAUGAACUUAAAUGUGCCAAAAAAGAACAAAAUACUAAGCGGACAAAUGCCUUAGUUGAACCACUGAAGCACUGAAUGUCAAGUCUCUGCAAGAGGCACUUUGAUUUCUAGUCCAUUGUGUGGCCUUAUGCUUGUUUUGUGUCACUGGUGCACAUUACAACAAGUGUUUUGUCAGCACCUGUUAUAAUACCGGUAAUCUGUUAUUUUGUGAUGCAAGAGAGACUGUCUGCAUACGGGUCAGAGGUCAAAUUCAUGGUUCCUCUGCAUUCUAAAGCGCUAAAGAUGGCCUGUCUGAUCAGAGAUAUGAAAGAUGCAGCGCUUUAUUGAAGACAUUUGCUGCUAAACCGGCAUGUUUUUUUGUUUUUUUUUAACUCUUGUAAAUGGUUUGAUUUUGUGUAUGUGUGUGGAGUGAAGUGCCAUGCCGUGGAGGUGAUUUUUGUUACUCUCCAGAAAUAACAUUGUCUUACAUGAUGUGAUGCAAUGUGCCAUCGAACCAUAGGACGCACCUGCAAUAUUCUAAUUUAUUGAAUUAGAUCAUGCUGACAUAUAUGGUAACUUUGAUUUAAAAAUACCGGUAUGUCAUGCUACUUUGUAUAUAAUGAAAUGAACAGCUUUCUGUAGCGUUGGAGUAGCUUUUUUAUUUAUCUUGUAUCAGUAGCCUAUGUUGUAUGUCUGUUACGUGGCCUUUUAUUACGCUAAAGAUGCAAAAAUGCAGUUGUCCUUUUUUUUUUUUUACUAAUGAGACUAUCAUCUGAUGUGUCUUGGACAGAACCCUCACUGUGUCUGUGCAAUUUGCCAAUGUCCUGUUAACUUUCAAACAUUUCUCUGAUCUGUCACUUUAAUAAUAAUAAUAGUCUUAACAAUGAAAUCUUGGUUUUGCCCACACAUGUAAAUACACAAAUGAUAGCACUUAAAUCAUGUGUAACCAGCCUGUCUAAUCUCUUUGUUAUCACUUAUUUGCAUAACUGUUACAUUUUUCAUCUGUUGACUCUGUACAGAUAUAUUUUGGCAUAUACAGAUAUUUUUGGUAUUGACAUUUAUUUGAUGUGUGAGGUAUUAAAGCGGUUAAAUAGCUGUGAAUUUCAAAAAUGCGCUAAAUGCUCAUAGGGUGGAUAAAAAGAAGCAUCGAGGUGAAAUUUACAAAUCAUGGAUAUGCAAAAAUGUUCUUUUUCCCAAUGUGGAAUUUCCUUUCAAUAUGCUCAAUUGCUCAUGGAACUUGUUUUAGUAUGUUGAAGCUUUAUUAAAAUACCUGCU